AUGCAACUCCCCACCAUCCUCCUCUUCGCCGCCACCGCCGCCGCCCUGGCCCUCCCGGAGCCCGUCCCCAAGCCCAACCCGGAGUCCUGCGACGAGACGUGCCCGAACCCGUGCCGCCAGGCCAUCCGCAACACGUACUGCACCGGCGCGAAAAAAUCCAUCAGCGGAGGGCCGUUGCCGGCGGCGUUCAAGAACCAGUGGAACUGUCCCGCGGGUAGCAGUAGUCCGCCCGCGACGUACAUCCAGAUGACGCAGAAUGGGGCUGCUGAGGGAGGUGUUACUGUCUUCUGCACCAUUUGA